GUAGUUUAGGCUGCAGACUAUCAGGCAAAAUGGCGGCUGUGAAAUGGAUGGAGGACGAUAGCGAACAAUAAUCAACUGUAACGAUUAUCGUGCUUAUUGUUUACAUUUCCUGCAUUGGAAAGGUGGAUUUUCAGAAGAGUGCAGAGAGGAGCCAAUGCUUUGGAACAGCCUGAAUAAAUUGUGGAAAUGGCUGAUCUGAAGCAGCGUGCCAAGGAAAAGAAAGAUGCAGACUCUGUAUCAGACAGGGCAGACAUCACUCAGGAAUCGCUGAAGAACCGUAUGUCCUCUCUUCGGAAAAGCACUUCAAGACUGUGUCAGCUGUCUAGGCUGCCCUUGGGCAGUUCUGAAAAGCCUCUAAACGGAGCCCAACCUGCUCUGUUUGUUUGCGGCAGUGUCCCUGAUGUAGAUCCAGAUGGGUCACCAACUCAUGCUCUCGCAAACGGACCUGGUUCACAUGCCACCUUGGAUGAGCUCUGUGCCUCGAACAACGGUGGCGUUUCAUUGAGCGAAACUGCACCAGGGCAAGCGGGGAAAGUAUCGCAGCCGUCCAGCGAGCCCAAGGCAGACUCUCUGAAGAAUGUGCCAGGGAUCCUCCCCAAAGGAUCAGCCACGCAGGUGUGUGCCAAGGCGACGGUGUCGAAAGGAGACGAGAGCAAGUCUGAGGCCCUGGACGGACUCUCUGCGGACAACCAGGACGAAAUGCUGGUCAGUCAAAUCAGGGCCCCGAAGGGGAUUGGUGCCAGGCGAAUAUGGGAUUUCGACAUGGAGUCUUCUGAGAGCUCUUCAGACGACUACGAGAGUGCGAACGAUCUGAACUGGGACCCCCAGAAGGAGUUCAUGCAGUUCCUGUGGAAUGACCAUGACGAUCCGGACCUGGAGAAGAAGCUGGAGACGGCGCCUCAGCCCGCUGGGGGAAGACGACGAAAGCGCAAGAUGGACAUGGUGGUGAUGGUGGACCCUUCUGAAAAGCUUUACGAUGAGAAGUUGCUGGCGGACGUCGAUUCGGAUUUUGAGGAGGGUGUGCCAAAUGCUAUUUCUGGCAGCAAUGUACAUUCCCGCAGGAAAAGGCCCAAAUUGCAGUCUUCGCUGAGCUCCUGUGAAACCUACCCGAGUGACACUGUAGAGGCCAUCAAGCAGCUUAUGUUAAGUGCGCCGUCAAAAAAAACCAAGGACGACGGCCUCCGCGAAGUCGAUGCGGAUUUGGGCUCGGAAGAAGAGCCCUCGUUUUUUCCGUGCACCAAGUGCAAUGUCAAUUUUAAAGAGAAGAAGCAUUUGCACAGGCAUAUGAUGCACCAUCUGGAUGGCGGCAGUCAGUUUCGCCACAUGAACGUGCCUCGGCCCUUCAUAUGCAGGGAGUGCGGCCGCUCCUUCCGCGACCGCAACUCCCUCCUGAAGCACAUGACCAUCCACCAGGAGCGGCGGGAGAAGCUCAUGGAGGAGAUCAAGGGCCUGAACGAGCUCAAAGACGAAGGCAGGACCGCGCGCCUGCAGUGCCCGCAGUGCGUCUUCGGCACAAACUGCCCCAACACGUUUGUCCAGCAUGCCAAAACCCACGAGAAGGACAAGCGGUACUACUGCUGCGAGGAGUGCAACUUCAUGGCCGUCACGGAGCACGAGCUGGAGCACCACCUCUCCACCGCCCACCGCGUCGCCCAGUACGUGGCCGUGAGAAAGAACGACCGUUCGCAGGAAAACAGGACCCUCGUCGCCAAGAAAAACAACGUGGUCGACUCGUCGUCCUUGCUCUGCAAGAUAUGCCCUUACCGCACUCAGAGCAAAAACGCCCUGAAAAAGCACGUCGAGCUCAUACAUCGACAGCCGUACGUCGAUUCCGAUAGCCCGGCCUACGAGAGUACAAACAACUAUGCAACGCCUGUGCAUGAGCCACACAAGUUUGCAGGAAAGUCCCAAAAAACAGACGUACUAGACGUACAGCCAAAGCUCAGCAUAGAGAAGCAGCCUUUCAGGAAAAGGACAGAACUGCCCUUUCGGUCUGAUGACAUAGCCGAUCUAAUUAGGAAGAAGAAAACCACACAGAAAGCCCGUAAAGGUUUCAAUUCCUCGCUGGCGAAGUGGGGCUUCGGCAGCUCGGCCAACAGGCAAACGGCAACGCAACAAGGAAGUGACAAGGAGGGCAAGUCUUCUCUUCAGCAGGCUGAAAAAAUAGACAUUACGACGGGUCUUCCUUACGUUGAAGAUGGUUACAAGGACAGUGACCAAGGUUACGGGGUCACGUUUUCAGCAAACUCAAAAAAGCCAAACUCUCUCCCUAGCUGCUACAAGCAACCAACACCCAAAACCGAGAAGCCCAAUAACAUCUGCUACCCAGGCUGCAAUUCAGACAAGGGCAAAGGGGGCGGUGAAGACCACCACGGCAAGAGUUCAACAGUGGAGCCGACCAUCAAAGGAAAGUCUCCAUCCAAAAGAAAAAUGUCAACUCCUUACCACAACACUAUGGACAAAGCACCUGCGCUGCUUUUACCAAAACGGGAACAAACUCCAAAGAGGCAUGAAACGCCCGAGGACAUGGAGGAAUGUGACGGAGCUUAUGACUUUGAUGACUACGCCAGUGAGGCCACGUCUAACUUCCUUGACAACAGUGAAAAUGAACAAAACCCUUACGCGAGGAGCUACUUCAUCCGCCGGCAGCGAUUUACCACCAAAGAAGAGGGGGGGUCCCCCAGCGACCUGCCCAAAAAGGACUGCGACUGGGAGAAUGGCGGUGAGCCCGUACAGAAGCUGGUCGUGAAAGAAGAGUGCAUCGAGACCGAGGUGUGCCAGGAGGACCCGGAGGCUGACGCGGGACCCCACAGUGACCCUCUCCAGGACUUUGAAAUGUCCCCCUUUGGGUCUGAACGCAAGUCCUGCCCCUACUGCCCUGCCCAGUUUGAGUCCGGGGUGGGCUUGUCCAAUCACGUUCGCGGACAUCUGCACAGAGUAGGACUGAGCUACAACGCACGUCACGUGGUGUCACCGGAGCAGGUCGCCUCUCAGGACAGGAGGCCCCGUAUUCGCCGGAAGAUCACCAGCAUACGCCGCAUCAAAAAAGCGCACAAGACCGAGUCGCAGACCGAACACACCUGUCCGCUAUGCGGCGGCUGGUUCGACACGAAGACCGGGCUGUCCAAUCACGUACGAGGCCACCUGAAACGCAUCGGGAAGACGAUCACCAGCACAAGCAAGUCCCCGCUGUGCAUCCUCAACGAGAUGAUGCAGGACGAGGAGGAGUACCGGAACAUUCUGCAGGUGCUAAACAAGAAGCAGUUCCUGUCCCGGCCCUUCGUCUCCCAAAAGUUCGCCGGCAGCGACGGCCUGUUCCUGUCGCCGACGGGGGUCCCGGUGAAGAUCCAGCACAUCGGUCAGGACGGGAAACCCUGGGGGCCGGCGGUGACGUCCGGUCCGGAGGAGGAGAGCGUGGACAAGGAGCCGGCGGGGACCAAACCUGGCGUCAAAGCUCCCAACUCCAGCACUUUGAUUGAGCUGCUUAAGAAAAAAAAGCUUGACGAGGAGAUAGAGAAGAAUCGCUCGCAGACCGCCAGGAAGUGUGUCAGCGUGUCCCCUUCCAAAGAGCGUAGCAUCGCCGCACAACCUGUUAAGACUGAGUCUGGCUGGCCACCUGAGAAAAAUGAACUGAACAAAAAGGUGUGCAUACACUGCAACACAACAUUCCCCAGUGCGGUCAGCCUGUCCAAUCACCUGCGUGCAUAUGCACGGCGGAAGAGAGUGGCUCUUCUGGAGGGAACAACCUAUGACUGUAAACAGAAGAAGCCGAGAUCAAGGCCUGGGUCAAAGAAGAAGAUGUUCUCAGUGCCGCAUGCAGCUGAUGAGAUCUAUCGGCUCACCUGCAGAUUCUGCGACCUAGUCUUCCAGGGUCCCCUGUCGGUGCAGGAGGACUGGAUCAAGCACUUGCAGAGGCACAUUAUGAACACCAGCGUCCCGCGCACCGGGGCGGGCAUGGUGGAGGUGACGUCGCUGCCCAAAGACCCGUCCUCGCCCGAGCGUCAGACGCCGCCCCCGCCAGCGACCCAGGUCGCCUCGUGAGCGACGGAGCGAUGGCAGACUCACUCUUUCACUUUAGGUCAAACAUGCACAUGUACAUAUAUAAAUAACUAUAAAAUAUGUAUAUACAAUUUUCUUACGAUGGAUACAGAACUCUCCUUCCCUUUUUUUAUAUCGCUGUCCAUUAGGAUUUUUAAAUCAUGUGAUUUGGUUAUGGAAAAUGAAGUCUAGUUGUGCAACACGGAAAAAAACCAAGAUGAAAUGAAAUUGAGAAGAUUUGUAUCUCGUUAACUCCUGUGUAGCACUACUUUUUUGGGGUAUUUCUCGCAAUGUUUUAGUGAUAUUUUACACAGUCCACAUUUUAGAAUUUAUAUUGCGAUCACUGUUUUCUUUUUAUUAAUGCAGUAAUAUGGAUUGUGUGAACCCACGACCAAAAGAGACAACCCCAUACCUCAGUGUGUGUCAGUGCUUUGUCCAUUUUGUGUAGUCUUUGAGGGCUUUAGUGACUAUAUUUUUGGCACGGUCCCCAUUUGUAUGUCCUCCUUUACUGAUUUUACACGCAGCUUCUAACGGUUAAAAUGUCCUCAGUUGUUGCGUUGCGUAUGUGUUAAUAAUCAUCCAACACAAAGGUUAAUGAUCUACUAAAUGGCCUUUUUCCCCAAAGGCAACUUAUUUCCGAUUAGUCCGACAUUUCAUGCAAUCAAAUUUAUAAAUAUUCAUUUUGGAGAAGGUUUCUCGUAAUGUAUUUAAAGUGCUUAUGGAUGGUAUGGAUUUAGUUUUCUAGACAGAUUUCUUGAACAACUGCUCAGUGAAACUUUGCCAGUGGAUUUUUUUAAUAGCUGUGGUUGACUGGACUCAAUCAAUAGCAUCUCACAAACUCAAAAUAUCAGGUCCUUGAAUUGGUGUUUAUUACAGAAUGAAGCACAUUCAUGUUUUUUAACGUUGUUUAAUGCCGUAACUACUACAACUACUUCUCCCUGAUAUAUAAAAAAUCUCCUUAUGUUCACUUACUGUAUUUAAACCAAUUUACUGUUUCAGGAUUUAUGCCAUUUGAAAUUGUGUUUUUAAAUUAUUUUAAUGUAAAUCACAUGGUUAUGGUGCUGAAUCCUCAUGUUAGAUAUGCUAAAUAAAACGGCUUAAAGUUAUACGUACCCCUCCUGACAACGUGUGUUUCUGAGUAGUGAAUGUUACAAAAAAAAAACAGUUAAGCAUUUGUAUUUAAGUUGUGGAUGUGUUGAGAUGACAGUAUGUACCAUGUAUCCAUUCAUUUUAUUGCUGUAGAUAUAACAGUUGAUUUUGCUGAUAAAAAGUCUAAGGUAAAGCUUAUUUUGCUUUGUGUUUAACUUGACUGUAUACCUUUUUUAAUCCAUGUACAAAAAGUGAAAAAAAUGCUUGGUAAUUGACAUAUCAUGUGAACAUAUCCAGGUAGGAUAUUAAAAAUUGAAAAAGUAAA